UGGUACGAUCGUACUUACCGUAGCCCUGUACAAGCAUGAAUUGUUUGUGAUAGUUCUCCGAAACAUCAUCCCGAUCCUCGAAAAAUAUCAUCCCUUAUCCUAAGGUACAAGUACGAGUACCCUACUCGUUCUGCAGCUCCAGUUUGUAUUACCAUCAGAAUGGUAAAGCGAAUGUUUAGUCAGCAAUAUGACCCUCAAAUGGCUGCGGGGACAACUACGAUCAAAUCACCGAGUCCGAAUGCUGGACGAGGUAUGCCUUCCCCAGUUCACAUGCGAGCCGAUAAUCGCUCUGUGAGUCCACUGACWAACAACGAGUCUGCUUUUGGUGCUGGAGGUCGAUAUUAUUCGACGGCAAAUGGCGGCGAGCGAGAACAACCAAGUCUUUCCUACGAGGCGCCGAGGAAUAAAGGAUUUGAAUUGGAGUGCGACUACGAUCGGUCUGUUACACAAUUAUACGAGAUGCUCGAGUCUUCCCAAUGGGAAAACGCGCGCAUUAGAUGUAAUACGCACCCCGAAGAGACUCAUACAUGGGUUGUUCGCCGCGAUGUAAAUGGAAGUAUAAGGUGGAAGCUUUUGCCACUUCACGCAGCUGUAAUAUUCAAAGCUCCGUUGUCGCUCAUUGAAAACUUGUUGACCCAGAAUCCUAUUGCAGCAGCGAAAAGGGACGACCAAGGAAUACUGCCCCUACACCUCGCAUUUCGCCAUAAAGCAGACGAGGCYAUCAUAGAGAAGUUAUUGAGYCAAUAUCCGAGUGGCGUGCUCAUUAAGGACCAGAGAGAACGACUUCCUUUGGAUCACGGAAAAGAUAUGCGAUUUUCGGUGAAACUAAUGGGUUUGUACGCUGAAACUUUCAGCAAAUGCCAGCACAACGAGGCCGAAAUUUCGAAAAAAGAAGCCGAAAUCACAGCUGCAUUCGAAAUUCGAUUGAAAAAAUUAGAGGAAGCAUACGAAGCAAGAAUUGAUACCCUAGUAAAAAGUUACGAGGAGACAAAUGAAGCAACAAAAUUGAAGGCGGAAGAAGAUGCUCGAAAGAACAGAGAAUGUCAUCGUCAGGAAAUAGAAAAAUUAGAAAGCAUUUUAGCCAGAGAAAUGAUGGCUGACAAAAGGUCACCUGAGGUAGAAAACGAGUUGCAAGGGUUGAGCAGUUCUCUAGCGGAUGCAACACGCGAGCUGAUGGGUCUACGGAAGGUUGUCGAAGAGCAAAAGCACGAGAAAGAGGAAUUUGUUGACAACUUGCGUGAAAUGUUGAAGGACCAGACAACUCUGCACGAGCGUUGUACGAAGCAGCAAGAACAACUCGAAAAUGCAGAAAAACUGAGAGAGCAAUUACUACGUAAUCUCCUGCAGAAAGACGACGGAAAUACGAUACAAGUAGCAAACGAUAUUUGUCAGAUAUCCGAUAACAAUAUGGCCCGAACAGAAAAGUUACUCAGUAGCKUCUCUCUGACUCGUUCGAGRUAUGCAAUCGAAGACCAUGCAGAACCAUCAGGAAUUUUGMCGAGCGAUAAUCAAUAUCAAAAUGCCGAUGACCUUGCUAGUGACACCCCCAAUCCAUCGAGGACAGCUGCGUGGCAAGCGGAGCCAGAGAAAGAUCACGGCGAUGACAUCAGUGCCAUCACKGAAAAUUCAUACCUCCAGCCAUUCGGCGACCGUUAGUAGAAUCACGACGAAAUAUCAUGUUUUCAGUAAAGUACUGAACAGGGUUCAAAAAUAGAUUUAAAUAUUUCAUUCAUUGCAUUGAACAACUUCAAUAAGUCCAUCGAUUUCUUCCUCCGUUAACUUCCCGCUUGAAAGUCUACAAUCUGGAAUUUCUUCCGUGGAAUUAUGAUGUUCUCCAGAGAAGGAUACCGAACAACGCCACAGAGGUGCUUUUUCGAGUUGUUCCCCCAGUUGCCACAAGCCAAGAGAUACAGCAUCAAGUUGGUUUCUUAAAUCAGAGUUCUCUUCUCUCAAUCUACUCCCUUCACUUUGUACUUGCGCGACACGGCGUUGGUUUUUUGCUUGGAUCUCCGAUAGAUAGUCUGACAAAUACGAAGAAUACUGCUCUCUCGUAGCAGCUUUGGAGCUUAGCGUUUUGUUCACCAGAUGGAGCUCGUUCAUUUUCCAAACGAUGGCAAGGAGAUCGUUCGUCCUGCGCUCGAGUUCUGUUUUCAGC